AUGGCUUCCCCGGUUCGUCGGAAUGUCGUACUGCCAGAGCACUUCGGGGCUCUCAGCGGCAGCCGCAGUCCGAGGAGGCGACGGCCGUCGUCCAUCUCCCUGCGGAGGGAUGCAAGCGAGCGCAGCGAGGGCGACUCUCAGACUUCGUCCCCGCGCACGACGAGCGACGCCGUUCUCCUGAGAUGCAGGGAUACCAUCGAACGACUUCACAGUGAUGUGGAGGAAGAGCGCCAGAAGCGCACAAGGCUGCAAGAUCAAGUUGUUGCUUGUGAGAACGAGCUGGCCGCCGCCAAAGUGGACUUGGCAGAAGAGCAGGUGCGCUGCCGUGAUGCCGAGUCCCGCUGCACGAGGCUUGAGCGCCAGCUUGCCGACACAGAGCAGCGCUUAAAAUCUCAAAAGGAUGCUUUUGAGGAUGCACACUCCCAAGCACAGCAGUUAAAGUCUGAAUCCCUCCAGAAAGCCCAAGAGCACUUUGCGCAGAGUUUGAAACUCACUGAGCUCGAGAGCGCGACGAAGCGCGCUGAGGCUCGGGCUGCAAGAGGCCAGGAGGAAACUGCCAGACUGGCCGCUGAGUUAAAGCAGGCGCAGUCCAAAGCAAGCGCAGCAAGCGCACUAGAAAGCCAAGUUGCACGUCUCCAGGAAGCCUUGGAAGGCAAAGCACAGGAGGCCGCUCGAGUUUUACACAUCGGCCAAGAGCACGAGGAUCGCUGCGAAGCUCUUCAGCGGGAGCUGGAAGACCUACAUGCGGACAAAGAUGCCGACAGGGCAGCUCUCGACGGGCAUCAGCUCGAAUUACAGGAGAUGGCGCUCCGACAGGAGAGGUUGCACGCAGCUUGGAAGGAGCGCGAAGUGGAAGUGCAGAGGCUGCAGAAGGAACGGGACGAAGCGAGAGAGGAAGCUGAAGCCCUGCAGCACGAGCUUGAGUCUUCCCAGCAGCAGGCCUGCUGCACAUUGCAGCAUGCUGCGGCGCUGUGGAGGCUCUUGGCCUGCUGUCACGCUACCGCUCAGGCACGACGUGUGGCGGAAGAGCAUCGUGAGCAGCUAGAGAAGUCCUGGCCUUGGAGCUCUCUUCGAAGUUACAUUCAGCUCACAGCUGUUAUGUCAUAG